AAUUCUUCCAUAUUUCACAAACUACCUGCGAUAUCAGCCGAUUGAGCAUUAAAAAGCAAAUACAGUUCUAAAGUAUAUUGCACUUUAGAAGACAGCGUUCAAAAGGACAUCUCUGCAAACUUUAUUAACUUUUGAAGAAAGAAAAUGAUUGCGGUUUCAAUUUAUUUGGCGGUGUUGGCCGUGAUCUUGGUUGCAGCAUACAUCAAACUUUUCGCAAGAAAAAGAAAAAACGGUGAACCUUUCAUUGUACCUGGACAUUUCCUAUGGGGAAACGGUAAAGAUUUUGCUGAGAAUGCCGUAGACUUCAUCCAUAAAUCAACGGAACGCUUUGGAAAAGUUUUCACCAUUCGCUUGUUGAAUCAACAUUUAACAAUCGUCAAUGACCCACACUCAUACGAGAGGAUGUGCAAGGAGAAGAGCUUUGAUUUCGAGGCCAUUCAGAAGCAGGUCAACAACAACGUAUUCAAUUUCCAAUUAUGUGACUCUAAGAAAAUGAUCAAAGAAGCCUCUAAGAAAGUAAAAGGACAACACAUGUUUGCCAAUAUGCAUUCUUUCGCGAAGAACUUAACUGAAGCAUUUGAUGACAGCUUUGAUUCGGAUGUAAGCGAAGACGAUUGGUGCACAGAUGGACUGAGAUCGUUCGGUUCAAAAACCAUGUUUAGAGCGAUCUUUAGGACAAUAUUUGGCAAGGAAGCCAAGGGCGAUGUAUUUGAACCGAGCAAUGUGUACCGAAAUUUUGAUUUGUUCCACAAAUACUUUAACUUUUUGUGGCUUGGGCUUCCGAUUAAAUUGUUUCCUAAAGCUGGUAAAGCUUUGGAUGUUCUUGCUCAAAUGCCUUGCUCAGAUGACAUUUUAAACAGAGAUGAUGUCUCCGAAUACAUUAAAUACUCAACCCAGUUUAUGAAAGCAAAUGGUCAAACGGAAUCGGAUGUAAUUGGACACAAUUUAGUGUUUCUUCAUGUCAACUACAAUACAUUCAGGGUAGCUUUCUGGUUAAUAUACUAUCUGACAAAAUACCCAGAAGCAUUGGAAGCACUCAAAAACGAAAUAGAUGAAACAAUCGAAGCCAAGGCGGAAUGGUAUGGAUCUGAUGAAGAAAUUGGCAUCACCAUGCAAGAUCUGGACUCGAUGCCAGUACUGAAUAGCAUCCUGAACGAGACCAUUCGAUACACUAGCGGUGUCUUCAUGGUCCGAGCAGUGACAAAGGACACAGUGUUCGAGACGGAAGAUGGCGAAAAGUACAGUCUGAGGGCUGGAGAUCGAGUAGCUAUGUACCCACCUGCCAUACAUAAAGAUCCCGAAAUCUUCGAAAAUCCAUUGGAAUUCAAAUAUGACAGAUUCAUCGAUGCGAAAUUCUCCAAAAAUGGUCGGGAAGUCAAAAAUCCACUUCUUGCGUUCGGGUCUUUAUGUCCAGGGAAAAAGCUGGCGAUGACACAAGCGAAAUGGUUCAUUCUUAACCUGGCUCACAACUUUGAAUUUACAACUUCGAACAGUGAUACAUGUGAGCCGGAUGUGCACUACCAUGGACACGAAAUAUUACCACCAUCCAAUGAUGUACCGAUUGAGUACAAGCGAAGAAACAAUAGGCGCAGACUUUCAUUUGUUCAAUAAUUCGUGGUUGUAUUUGCUGUUUUCAAAUCGGUUGUACACAUAUUGUAUUAAUUUAUGUAUCUAUCGAAGGUCAGGAGCAUUACACUAUUUCUUGGUUGUGGGAGUGACGUUGUGACAUGUUAAUCCUAGUUGCAUUUCAGUGAUAACUUGCGCAUGAUCAAAACAAUUUAUCGCCAUAUUGUUUUAUUUGUUUAAUUUAUUUGUUAUGUUCCUUACUUGGAAUAACGAAAUAAAAAAAAAUCAACUGUA